CAGUUUUUUCACUCUGGACGUUCUGUCGCGGUUUCGGGCCCUGGGGCCUCCCAGAUGGAGCCAGGCUUCAGGAAUGCUGGUCUAGGGCCUCACUCGUGAAUUCUGACCAUGUUUCAAGUUUUUUGGUGAAGUCGGAUCUCAGGAUUGGGAACGGGCGGGGGUACCAAAAUUGUUGCAUGCUGGUGGUUGGUUUCGGCCACACCGCCAGGCCAUUUCUCGAUGCAUGGGCGCCUGCGGCGUCGGGAGGCGCCGGGAAAACAAUCUACGUGAGCUGAUUCGCGAACGUCCCCUUCAAUUCCCCCCCUUUUCGUCCGACCCGAGGCAUGCUGGAGUGGUACGACUUCUCGGGGGGCAUUCGCUGACCACCUCACCGCUCCUGGCCAGGCCCAUCGUUGACGCCCUCCUGGCCUUGGCCAGGGAGGCGUACACGCCGAUCCUGGGCCCAGGAGCGACCAGGGGCCAGAGGACGGAGGGUUGGUGAUGCGGUCAGCUCAUGCCACCCCGAACUUCGCGAUGUUCGGCUUCCUGGUGCCAGAGAUCUCUGCGGCGUUCUUCCCCGCGGCCUCCCCGACGAGCUCCAUCAUAGAGGCGUGCAGCGUGUUCGGGGGCGCGUUCCUGAUGCGGCCGAUCGGCGGAGCCUUCUUUGGCCACGUGGGCGACGGCGGGCGCGCGGGCGCGCUGAACCCGCACAGGGCUCUGGAGGGCUCCCUGCUGGCCAUGGCGGCUCCGACGGUGCUGCUGGGCUGCUUGCCCAGCCACGCGCAGGUGGGGAUUGCCGCCCCGCUGGCGCUGAUGCUCGUUCGGCUGGGCCAGGGGUUCGCUGUGGGCGGGCAGCUGGUGGGGGCCUGGCUGGUUGCGGAGCUACAUUCCCCCACGGGCUGGAAGACCGCCUACGUGAGCAUGUCGCUCAGCGGGUGCGUAUUGGGCUCCGCCUUGGGAGGGGCUGUGAACUUCGUCUGCCGCUCGGUCUUCACAGGCAAGGCCCUUCUGGCCUGGGGCUGGCGCGUGCCCUUCUUCUUCGGCGCAGCGCUGUCCGUUGCUGCAUACAUAGCGCAAAGAAGGAUGCGGCCGCAAGAGGAUGUGAACACGAACCUGGGAGAGCUUGAUUGUGAGGUGCGUCUGGAGAGCGUGACCGACGAGACUUGCGUCGACGGUGCCUUGCCUGUCUUACAGGUUCUCAAGAAGCAGCUCGCAGAUAUUGGAGCCGGGUCCCUUGCAUGGGGUAUGAUGGUCAGUGGGUUCUGGACCUUCUUCGUAUUCCUACCAACUUUUCAAAUGACAACCUUUGGUAUGGAUCCAGUUCGCGUUGCUGCAGCCAAUGUAUUCAGUCUACUGGCUCUCGUUUGCGCAGUGCCCGUGUUUGGAAUAUCAUUUGAUUGGUUCUGCUUGCGUAUGAUGCCAGGGGAGAGGUGGCAUCUCCAGUCCAUGACUCUGCAGGCUACUGCCGCAGUUCUGGUGGCCCUGUCGAUCGGCAUAUUUCAGAUAAUGGCUCGCAGUGGGACGAUGGUUGCGCUGGGCAUGCAGUGUUUCUUGGUCGUCGGUAUGGCCGCAGCCGCAGCAAUGCUUCCAUGCUGGAUCAUGGCAUUGUUUCCAGCGGAGACCCGCUACACGGGGGUAGCCUUGUGCGUGAACCUCGCCUCGGCUUUCGCCGGUGCGCUGGCCCCUUCUUGCGCCGCGGCACUAGCGUCGCGCGAUGCCAGCCUUACCGGGGCCUUCGUCGGGCUCUGCGCGCUGUGCGCCGGCGCCGGCGUCCACUCCGCGCAGCGGAGGGCGGCCAGAGGGGCCGCCGGCGUGCCGCUGGGCUUGUCUCCGAGCGGGGGGGCCCAUGGCGCCGACGCUGAGCGCCGAGGUCUGUCGGGUGAGCGUCCGCCCGAGGGCGCCGACGCCAGAGCUGGCGACGUCGUGCUGGCCGCUACGAAGCUCGGGUGCGAGUGAGGCCCUUUCUCUCCUCUCGUCCUCCUUCCCCUCUGCAUGGCUCCUGCAGCCAGCGACAAGCAGAGGUCAGAGCGCUCACCCACCUGGUCUGAGGCGUGGACGUGCGCCCGCAGCGGUCGAGCAUCGCUACGGGCAUUGCCUUUUACCCUUGGCCCAGUGCGUUGUUCCAGUUUUGCUAGGCGUAUUUCCGCGCCUUGCUCUGGUUCAUUCCUGCGGUCGACGGUCGCCUUGGACGAAUAAGAUCGCCUCGCCCUGCUUGUAUGCUCUCCAGCAGCUCCUUGUGAACGUCUGAGGGGGACGACCUCGGACCUCGUUGUCCUCCUCGUCUUGCUUGGAGGCCUCGCUGACCCUUAGCCCGUGCGUCGAAAGUGUGUUUUCGGCCAGCAGUUAUUUGCCCGUGGCCUUCGUGGUCUUCGCAGACGUCCAAACGUCGGUUGCUCUGCCGCGUGCGUCCGCCACCGCUCUGUAGGGCUGGCCGGGAGGAGGUGGUGGGGACAUGAUUUGGCAGAAGAAGAGCGGUGUAGCAUAACCUUGUCCGCCAUCGGGGAUGCCUGUCCGGGCGGCGGCACCCCACGGUGGCACGUCGGUGCAGAAGCUUUCCGGCCGCCUGGGGACCUGGGGACAGACGCCGCCGAUGGCGGGAAACCUUGUGUUGCACCGUCCUCCGCCCGCCCAGUGAGCGCUCCCGCGUGGGACCGCUUCUUCUCCCUCCCCUCUUCACCUCGAGUUGCUGUGACGCGACUCGAAGCACGAGAGCGCACCCGCCUCGGCCCGCCUGGGGCCCACGACCGCACGGGCCGAGCUGCCAGGGCGGGCCAGGCGGCAGGCGCGCGGCAUUCGCGCAGCACAGUGCAUCACGGUGGCGGCAGCACGAGGGUUUGCGCACAGCCAGGGCGCUGAAAUGAGG